UCCAGUAGUGGUCAAAAGGAGUCAACAAGCACCAUUUCGAUGUCGAAAAGGGUUCACCUCACAAAAUAUGAUGGCUGCGGUGUCAUUUGAUCUUAAUUUUUUAUUUGUAUGCACAGGAUGGGAAGGCUCUGCUGCCGAUAUGAGAGUACUUCGAUGGGCAUGCGAAAGAGGUGGUUUCGUUGUUCCCGAAGGCAAGUAUUACUUAGUAGACUCGGGAUAUGCAAAUACUGAAAAAUUUCUUGCACCCUAUAGAGGAGAGCGUUACCAUAUUAGUCAGUUUGACGCAAGCACACGGGCCCGCGUUCAUCGAAAUCCACGAGAUUUGUAUAACCACCGGCAUGCUCAAUUAAGGAAUGUGGUUGAGAGGACAUUUGGCAUUUUGAAGAAGCGUUUCAAAAUUCUAAAUGUAGCAACACCGUUUUCGUAUAAAGUUCAAUGCUUGAUUGCUAUGGCAUGUUGUAUAAUACAUAACUUUAUUCGCCGUCACCAAGCAAAUGAUAACAUUUUUCCUGAUGAGGGUCCAGAUGAACAGAACGCUGAAAAUGAAGGUGGAGUGGACGAUUUAGUGGGAGUAAUUGAGGACUCCCAAAAUGGUGAGGAUCUACGUGCUAAUAUUACAAAUCAAUUGUGGAACACUAGAAUAUAAUUUUAUAUAAAUUAGAUAAUUGUAUUGAUAUUUGGUAGAAUUGAGUGUAGUGGUUAUAUUGUUAUUUGACAAUUGUAAGAUGAUGAUGUAUGAGAUGGAUAUGCUUUGUAAUACUUGCUUAUUUAUGCCUGUUAUGGAACAUGUAUUAAUGUUAUAUAUUGUGAUGAUAUUUUCUGCGUUGAAUAUUGGUAGGUAGAUAUGU